AUGCCUUGUCCAAGAGAGUUUUCUCAUUCUUCCUUACCCACCGCACUGUCCUGUGCUCAAAAGGGGAGGCGUUUGGCGCGUCAUGCUGCCCCAGGGGCAUCUCCAAAGAGAGCAACCCCCACGCCGGGCAGGCCUUCGAAGAGGAAGGCAAACAAGGAUACAGGCGAGCCUUCAUCGAAGAGGAAAAAAGUUCGACGGACUGUGUCCGGGGACCCGGCCAUUUGUACUCCCAAUAGCCAAGAUUCGGUCCCGGCCGAGGAGACGGGACCCGAUAUGGGAGUGGCGCCGGACUGUCCUUCUGCUGAGGACUCGAAAGAUACGUCCGUCACCAACUCGAAGGUGGAGAGCGCAAGGGAUCAUCGGCGCCAGAGGGCCAUUUUACAAAAUCCCCGCUUCUCAAAAGAGGUGUUCGGAUCGUCAGAUCAACUGGAGGAAAAAGAGUCGAAAAGACUACAUGCCGUAGGCGAGCGGGUGCUGGCCCGAGUCAGACAGGAGAAGAACAAACUCCAAGAUUCAAAUACCCAACUGGGCGAAGAACUAAAAGAUGUGGGGGCCCAGUUGGCCGACUCCAUAAAGGAGAACAAAAGGCUGCGAGGCGGCAUAUUCAACGGCAAAGAAGGCCCACUUAACGGGCGGCUCUGUCGUCUCCCCCCUCUCUCUCUUUCUCUCUCCCUCCCGCGCGCCCGCCUCUCCCCUCCUGUCGCCGCUGCCGCAGUCGCCGCCGCCGGCCCACCCCGCCCCCAGGACCCAUCCCCCGCCGCCGUCCAGCACCGCCGCGGCAGGAGCCAGGACGCAACAGGAGCCAGGCCGCGGCGGCCGCCCCGCCGCGCCCCGUCGCCGGACUCCUCCCCUGCACCGCCCCGCCGCGCCCCGUCGUCGGACUCCUCCCCUGCGCCGCCCCGCCCCCAGGACCCAGCCCCCGCCGCCGGCCAGCCCCGCCGCGGCAGGAGCCAGGCCGCGGCGGCCGCCCCGCCGCGCCCCGUCGCCGGACUACUCCCCUGCGCCUUCCCGCCGCGCCCCGUCGUCGGACUCCUCCCCUGCGCCGCCCCGCCCCACCGGCCGACCUCGCCAGAGCAAGGUGUUGACAGGAUGGUGGGCAAGGGUCCAGAGCGCCCCGAGCCUCCUGCGAGCGCUACUGGGAGGGGUGGUUCCAUUAUUCCAGCCCAGCCCCUCCGGAGAGUGCUGCUAGACAAGGAGAGAAACAUCGAGGGAAGGAAGAUGCCCGCGUCCUGCACCAUCGCCGGCCUAAUGCCGCUUGUGCAUCGCCGCCGACAUUGGCGGCUUUCCUUGUUGGGGGAAAUGAAUGCGCUGCCUUGCAUUUUAGCUGAUGGGAACCCCUUCCCUGAGCAAAAUGAAAGCCCGGUGCACCAGCACGAAAGGCCCUGCUAUAGGCCUGCAAAUGAGUUGAGUUUGAGCGAGUACUUGGAGGACAGCCAUGGAACAUCUACAUCCAAUGGACAAGACGGCGAGGACACCAAGUACGAAGGACAAGAGGAAGAGCUGUCAUGGAAGCUACAGGCUCCGGACGACCGGCCCAGCCCGGACGUCCGACCCCUGAAGGCCACGCCAACCCAAGGAAGCCAGGCCACCAAAUGCUACAGCGGUCGAACGUCCGACCAGGCCCAGACGUCAGACAACUCCCAGGCUCCGGACGACCGCAUCCCUCCAGAGGACUGA